ACAGAGGAAGAAAUCAAGACACGUACAAGAAGCUUAACGGGAGUCAGUUGCAUGAUCCCAAGCCGACGACUUUCCGCAUCGAGGCAUUUUCUCGAUCUUCCAAGUUGUCCCGGCGACUCGGAAAUGCACCGAGUCCCGAGUCUACAGUAUGCGGGGUAGUUCUAUCUUCCCCACAUCUCCAACAAUUCAGCAUCUCUACACUGCCAACUUGCCAUCAAUCCACCUCGCCUUCGGCUAAAUUCAGUCGGAUAAUUCGUAAUUCAUGUUCCUGGCAGGUUGGCCAACCUGCCAGAAACUCAUCCUCUACUUGCAUUGCUCAUCUCCCCCUCUGUCAAGAUGCUUCUUCAAGUGGUGGCCGUUGUGGCUCUGACAGUGGCAGAUCUUGCCCAUGCCACAGCAGAGUCAUCAGAGCAAAAGUCAUCGUCUGCACCCUCCCUCACUCGGUGGACCGAGGGGCCUCACCUGGCCGUCGACUACUACCCUUCACAAUGGCCCGAAUACCUGUGGGAACACGACAUUGCCCGAAUGUCCGCUGCCAACAUCUCAUAUGUGCGGAUCAACGAGUUCGACUGGGCCAUUCUCGAACCGGCGGAGGGGCAGUACAAUUUCACUCUUCUGGACCAGACGCUGGAUCUGCUGCAACGGUAUCACCUCCAAGCGAUCAUCGGGACGCCCACGGCAGCACCACCAGACUGGCUCUACCAGAAGUAUGACAUCAAUUUUGUCGACUAUACCAAUGCGACCAAGCUGUUCGGCUCGCGCCGGUACUACAGCUCGUCCUCGCCGGACUACCGUCGAAUGAGCCAGCAGAUCACGCGGAAACUGGCCGAGCGGUAUGGCAACCAUUCCGCGGUGGCGGGCUGGCAAUUGGACAACGAGUUCGGAUGCCAUGAUACCGUGCAGAGUUACGAUCAGAACGCCAUCCAGCGGUUCCGGACAUGGUUGAAGGACAAAUACAACACGAUCGACCACCUCAAUGCCGCCCAGGGCCGUGUGUUCUGGUCGAACCAGUACACGAACUUCGACGCGAUCCACCCCCCGUUCAUGGAGGUCUACACGCCCCCGCCGAGCCACCUCCUGGACUGGUACCGCUUCAGCUCGGACAUGAUGAUCGAGUUCGCGCGGGAGCAAGCGACGAUCCUGCGCCAGUACGCCCCCACCCAGUUCAUCACGACCAACAUGAUGAUGGGCUUUCUCGAGUUCGACCACUUCAAGUUCGCGCGGGAGGUGGGCCUCGACCUGGCCACCUUCGACGAAUACCCCUUGUCCGGGCCGAGCACCUUCUCGUGGCUCUCCGCCACCGAGCAGGCAAACUAUCUGUACACGGGUCUCCCCGACUGGCAGGCGCUGCACCACGCCCUCUACCGCGGCGUGGCGGGGGCAGCCUACAACACGACCGCCGGCCCGUUCGGCAUCAUGGAGAUGGAGCCCGGCGUCCUGAACUGGAGUCCCUACCGGGUAUCUCCCUAUCCGGGGAUGGUGCGCCUCUGGACGCACGAGACCUUCGCCGAUUUCGGGGACAUGGUAUCGUAUUUCCGGUGGCGGCAGGUACCCUUUGGCGCCGAGCAGACGCUCUCGGGCCUCUUCACGUCGGACAACACCGCCGACGAAGGCUUCGACGAGAUGCAGACAUUCGCCCACGAAGAUCUCCCCAUCCUGAUAAACGCACUCAAGACCAACAACCACACCCAAAAACAGCAGCAGCAGCAGCAGCAAGCAGACGUAGCCCUCAUCUUCGACUACACGGCCCACCAAAUCUGGAGCAUCUCGCCCUACAGCGGCACCUGGGACCCGUCAACAACGAGCUACACCGACCCAGCAGUGAGCUAUCUGGAUCUAGUCUACAAAUUCUACUCCGCGCUGCGCCGCCUCGGCCUGUCCGUCGACAUCCUCCCAGCAGACCAGCCCCCGCCCCUCGAGGCUUACAAGCUCCUCGUCAUCCCAAGCCUCCCCAUCAUCCCGAAGACCCUCGACGCCUCCCUCGCAAACCACACCGGCCCCAUCAUCCUAGGCCCGCACACGGGCUCCCUGACCGAAACCUUCAGCUACCAGCCCGGCCUAACGCCCCCGCGGGGCCCGAUCCACGCCCGCCUGCCCAUGAAAGUCACGCGCAUCGAGACACCGCCCGACUACGCAGACCAAAGCGUCGCGUACGCCGGCCAGAGCUUCAAUAUCUCCGGGUGGGCGGAGUGGGUGGUCUGCGCGCGGGACGGCCGCGCCAGCGCCGAGACGCUUCGGUAUACAGGCCCGCGCCACCGGCAGGGCAAGCCGGCGGGCUGCGCCGGUGACGGCGUGCAUUAUCUUGGUGUUAAUCCCACUGUCGAGCUGCUUGUGGCGUACCUGGGGGAUGUUGCGCGCGAGGCGAAUCUGACGGAUGUUCUGGGACGGCCGGUUCGUGCGGGGGGGGAUCUUGGACCGGACCUCAGGUUUGCGAGGCGCGAGGCGUUGCUCUGGGGGUUUAAUUAUGGGUUGGAGGCGGUGAGGGUGCCUGAUAUUGAGGGGGCGAGGCUCGUAAUCGGUGGUCGGAAUGGGUCGGAGAUCCCUUCGGCCGGGGUGGUGGUUUGGAGGCUGGGGGGGGUGACGAUGAGAGAGGAGGACGCUUGAGGAGGGGCGGGCUUGCGAGAUGGGUUGAGUUGUCUUUCGACCAAGUGAUUGUGCUCUCCAGUACACCGGAGACGGUGGAGGGGCGUCUUGCGAGCGUUGCUGGCAACUUGCGGACUCAGAGCGUGGUUACUACUAGCCUUUUCCCUGAAGUGUCGCAGCUAGGCAGGUAGAGAGAGGGAUAUUGAUUAUCGGCGCUGAAGAAUGAUCAUCACUGGGAAAUUCAUGACAAAAGAGCUAAUUGUUAGGUUGGUAGAUAUCCUGUAGUUAGGUAUUCGAAUAUGAAAAU